CCCGCUACUUUUCAUCUAUUCCCUAAAAGACCAAAACUCAAGCUAACCGUUAGUUCUGCGAACAAAACAAUUGAACCAGUAAUAUGGACAGAGAGUGGGGUUCGAAGCCAGGAAGUGGUGGCGCCGCCUCAGCACAAAAUGAAGCCAUCGACCGGCGUGAGCGGUUACGGCGGCUUGCCCUUGAGACAAUUGAUCUGGCCAAAGAUCCAUAUUUCAUGCGAAACCAUUUGGGAAGCUACGAGUGUAAACUUUGCUUAACGCUACACAAUAACGAAGGGAAUUACUUGGCCCAUACGCAAGGGAAGCGCCAUCAGACCAAUUUAGCAAAGCGAGCGGCUCGUGAAGCUAAGGAUGCGCCAGCUCAGCCGCAGCCUCAUAAGCGCAAAGUCGCUCUCAAAAGGAAUGUUAAAAUUGGUCGGCCUGGCUAUCGAGUAACCAAGCAGUUUGAUCCAGAGACAAAACAAAGAUCUCUUCUAUUUCAGAUUGAAUAUCCUGAGAUUGAAGACAAUACAAAGCCAAGGCACCGAUUCAUGUCCUCAUUUGAGCAGAAAGUUCAACCUUUUGAUAAAAGAUAUCAGUUUCUUCUGUUCGCUGCUGAACCGUAUGAGAUCAUUGCGUUCAAGGUUCCUAGCAUCGAGAUUGAUAAAUCUACACCAAAGUUCUUCUCUCAUUGGGAUCCAGACUCAAAAAUGUUCACUUUGCAGUUAUACUUCAAGACUACACCGGAGACCAACAAACCGCAACCUGCUCCUACAGCUAAUGGAACAACACCUGAUGCCCCACCUAGAACUUUGCCUCCUCCGCCGCCACCACCGCAAGGACUCCCCCCUGGAGCGCCACACCCGCCUAGAGGCCCACCAUCUACCCCUGGGUCUAUGCCGCCUCCUCCUCCGUCUAUGGCUAAUGGACCUAGGCCUAUGCCUCCAGGUGGUAACUUGCCUGCCCCACCACCUCCACCAAUUGGUGGUGGUGCAAUGGCUCAUUUUACUCCUGGUGCACACAUGGGGAGACCACCAAUGAUGCCUCCACAAGGUUUCCCGGGGCAACAGAUGCAAGGCCAAGGAAUGCACCCACCACCUCCGCCACCCAACAUGGGACGAUGAGCAUUGGCCAUGAUACAAUUUGCAUGGAUGCAUCAGUCAAGCUCACUCUUCUGGUGAUGAGUUUUGUAGAUAUGCUUUGGUUGAAGAGUCAGAUGGUGAUUGGAGUUUUAGGCAUGAAAAUCAUGACUGCAUGUUACGCUGCCUAGUAUUGCCUUAGGGCAGACAAUGUAAUACAUACCGGCUUCAAAUAUCAGAAGCGGCCUGGUGCAUUAGCUGCUGCUCCGCUGAAAUGAAGGCCUAUACUUGUUUAAAUUUAAUCUUCUCAAUUUUCAGGAGCCAAAUCUGAGUUAAUAAGAUACAUUUGUAUUUAAAUUGUCAGUGAAUCAAUCUACCUUCUUGGCAUAUUCUUUUUGUCUA